AAAGUUCCACUACUUUCUGUCUUCCCUGGAAUCUUCUCUCGAAUCAAGAUCGAGAGAAACAAAAACAAAACGAGAGAAAUCUCCAGAAAAUAAAAUAAAAUAUAAGUUAGGUGAAUUAGGUUUUUUUUUCAGGUAAAAAUGGUGGAAUCAACUCCACCAUCACUGCAACUAGCCAUGGCUGCUUUCGUAGGAGCUUCAUUAAUGGCUGUAUCUGCUUUUUACAUUCACAAACGAAGCGUUGAUCAGAUUCUUCAACGUCUCAUUGAAAUCAGAAAGUUACCACCACCAUCAUCUAAACCUAAAAAACGACCAGUUUCAGUGUACAGAGAGGAAGAAGAAGAAGAGGACGAAGUGGAAGAAGAGUAUGAAGAAGAAGAUGAAGAAAUUGAAGUAGACAUUGGUUCAGAUUCAGAAAUAAAUCAAAGAUUAAGGAAUCAGAGAUAUUCUAGGGCAGGUGGUGGGGGUUGUUGUUCGUCAUCUUUACCUAAUGUAGCGAUGACUAAUCAUUGGAUGAAUGAUCAAAAUGAUAACAAUCCGAUACGCUUUUCAAAAUCAUCUUCUUCUUUUAGUCAUAUGAAUUCGAUUCCUCUUGGAUUGCCGCCACUGCAAACUGUCCAGAGAGUUGGAAGCCAUCAGUCUCUUAAGCAUUCUGGAUCUAGAUCGAGAUUGGCAUCUGUCGGAAUACCAUCAACCCCAAAAUCAGCAGGUGGUGCUGCAUUUGAAAGUCUAGAGGAGUCUGACGAUGAGGACACUUUACUUUCGAAUGAAGAGGAUCAGGAUCUUAGUUAUGAUAAUGCGGAUUCUGCUCCAGUUGACUAUGGAGCAAGUUCGAAUGUCCAAGAUUCAACUGCUGUUCCAUUUGAAGUUGCUACUGCUCAAGAUGCCAAAUAUAGAGCAACUGUAAGCAGAUCACUUGGUAACACAAAUCUUAAUGAUAACCAAAACCUACUUAUAGCUCCAAUGCAAGUUGGGAAGGCCGAUAGUAUUGGCGUUGUUAUUCCUCUGAAAGAGGCAUCAAGAGGAGAGGAGGAAGAAGUUUGUAAAAUGAUUCAUGAAUGUCUAGAAUUACGGGAGAAGUAUGUUUAUAGAGAAAAUAUUGUUCCAUGGAAGAGAGAAACAACUGCAGAAUUGCCAAACAAAGAUCCAUUUCACUUUGAGCCUGUUAAACCAUCCGAGCAUGAUUAUAGGAUGGAGGAUGGUGUUAUCCAUGUUUAUGCAAAUAAAGAUGCAACGGAAGAGCUGUAUCCUGUUGCAACUGCAACAAGAUUUUUUACCGAUAUGCAUCAUGUUUUAAAAAUUAUAUCCAUUGGAAAUGUCCGCACUGCAUGCCAUCACAGAUUGAGGCUUCUCGAGGAGAAGUUCCGUCUUCACAUGUUGAUUAAUGCUGAUCGGGAAUUUUUGGCUCAAAAGAGUGCACCCCAUCGUGAUUUUUACAAUGUUAGAAAGGUUGAUACACAUAUACAUCAUUCAGCUUGCAUGAAUCAGAAGCAUCUUCUACGCUUCAUCAAGUCAAAGCUGAGAAAAGAACCUGAUGAGGUUGUCAUUUUUCGGGAUGGAAAAUACCUAACUCUUAGGGAAGUCUUUGAAAGUUUGGAUUUGACAGGAUAUGACCUUAAUGUUGAUUUAUUGGAUGUGCAUGCCGAUAAAAAUACGUUCCAUCGUUUUGACAAAUUCAAUCUCAAGUAUAAUCCUUGUGGACAGAGCAGACUCAGAGAAAUCUUCUUAAAACAAGAUAAUCUUAUCCAAGGGCGUUUCUUGGCGGAAGUGACGAGGGAAGUUUUGAAUGAUCUCGAAGCAAGCAAAUACCAGAUGGCAGAGUACCGUGUGUCCAUCUACGGAAGGAAACAAAGCGAGUGGGACCAGUUGGCCAGUUGGUUCAUUAAUAAUGAGCUUCACAGUGAAAAUGCAGUCUGGUUAAUUCAGCUGCCGCGAUUAUACAAUAUUUACCGGAAAAUGGGAACUGCUACAUCCUUCCAAAAUAUUUUAGAUAAUGUGUUUCUUCCACUUUUUGAAGUCACUGUUGAUCCAAAUUCUCAUCCUCAGCUACAUGUAUUCCUAAAGCAGGUAGUAGGCUUUGAUCUUGUAGAUGAUGAAAGUAAACCUGAGAGGCGUCCUACUAAGCACAUGCCCACUCCCGCUGAAUGGACAAAUGAAUUUAAUCCUGCUUACGCUUAUUACACAUAUUAUUGCUAUGCGAAUUUGUAUACCCUCAACAAGCUUCGGGAAUCAAAAGGAAUGCCGACAAUUAAACUCCGGCCUCACUGUGGAGAGGCUGGAGAUACUGAUCACUUGGCUGCUGCAUUCCUUCUAUGCCACAAUAUUGCACACGGGAAUAACCUUAGGAAGUCUCCCGUCUUGCAAUAUUUAUAUUACCUCGCUCAGAUUGGUUUGGCGAUGUCACCAUUGAGUAACAAUUCUUUAUUUCUGGAUUAUCGCAAAAACCCAUUCCCGAUGUUCUUUCAACGUGGCCUUAAUGUUUCACUCUCAAGUGAUGAUCCUCUUCAAAUUCAUUUGACUAAAGAAGCACUUGUAGAGGAAUAUAGUGUUGCAGCUCAAGUUUGGAAGCUCACCGCUUGUGAUAUAUGCGAGAUAGCAAGAAACUCAGUCUAUCAAUCUGGAUUUUCCCAUUCUGCCAAGUUACACUGGCUUGGGGACGAAUAUUUCAAACGAGGCCCAGAUGGAAAUGAUAUACACAAAACAAAUGUACCGCAUAUGAGGGUCUCCUUUCGACAUGAGACAUGGAAGGAGGAGAUGCAGUUUGUGUGCUGCGGAAAAGCCGUCUUUCCUGAAGAUGUGGAACCUUAGAACACAAAUGAAUGGUAUAGGAGAAGUUUGUGCAGGAAUUCACUGCAGCUUCAGUCUGGAGCAUGCAAAGCUACCAGCAGAACUGGACACAACCACCCAAAAACUUGGGCUUUCUGAACUCAGUUUUUGGGGUCCCUUUAUUCUAUUUUAAAGCGUGAGUGCGUGACCAUACAGCGAUGAUUUGAGAGCUAAAUUUGGUGAAGAUGGUCCUGGUAGAAAAUAAAGAUCUCGCGGCCCUUGAUCUCCAAUUUUAACAUUAUUUUUCUGAUUUUAGUUUAUUAUGGAGUAGUUGACCUUGAUGGUGAAACCAUCAAUCAAAUUUUUAACAAUAUUACGAGUGGAUGAAACAUAAAUUCGCAAGGAUGGAGAAUAAUUUCCUCUGGAAUAUGAUUAUAUUAUCCUAAGGCAAAGGGUCGAGAAACUCAACGCCACCAUCCAUUUUAAGACGUGAUUUCCAUCUCAAAGGUUCACAUUUUAAUUUUUUAAGGAUUUACUAAUUCUUGUCUUCUGUUCCAUACUUCCAUUUAUUUAUCCAAUGAUAUAUAGAACUGGAUUUUAGGCCUCAGAGUAAAAUCUCUGGAGGGGCAAGUU